CUUUCAAGAUAUUGAUGAGACAGGAAAUCUUGAAUGCUGUGAAGAAGCUUCAACUUCAAGAGUCAUGAGCGUUAAGAUUAAAUCACCUAGUAGUAAUUUAAUGAACAACAAAGGAAACAUCAAGGCUGGGAAAUAAAGAUGACUUUAUUGCUGAACUACAGGAGCUUUUUGACAAAAAGCCUAUGAGACAUACAAAGAGUCAGAAGCUUUCUCAGAAUCAUUUGGGAGUCCCUAAGUUACACAAAAAAUCAGAAGUGACUAAUUGAGGAACAAGAUUUGGUCGUAGAGGGACUAAGCUACACAGCCUUGUUCCCUUUAAGGCCCAUGCAAAGAUGAGUCAGAUGCAAGACCUAAACUCUCCAGAUAUACUUGCGUUCAUGUCCAGAACGAAUAGGAGCAAAGUGCAUAGUGGAAAGUGCCCUGACAAGAUGGAUAACGAGAACAUCGAGCCUGAGGCUAAAUAGAUGAAAAUAAGAAUUGAGACUCUGCCUGACUUUGGAAGGGGCUAAGAAGAGGAUCAGAAGAACCAGUAAAUCACUAAAUAAAUUUUAAAAACAAGUUUAUAAAUAUCUUAUGCU